UCGAGGCCAGCCUCCACAAACGCUGCACACGCCCCUGUCGAAAUCCGCCGUGUUGCGUGUACGCGGACCGCUCGCUGCAGCUGAGAAGCUCCCACGCGUGAAGCCAAGAAUGACACCGGUGCUUCUUCACGGCAAAACCGCUUGAACAUUAAAGGAGGCGUUUACUCGACUGCUCCAUUGAAAAAGACGGCGUGAUGGCGCAUCUACGGACAGGACUGCUGAUCGCCGCUUUUACGGUCAGUGCAUUGUGGGGUCCUGCUCUUUCAAUCACUCGCUACUCUAUUCCAGAGGAGAUGGAAGAGGGUUCCUUUGUUGCAAACCUCGCCACCGAUUUGGGUCUAGAUGUUCGAAGCAUGGUGGAACGGAAAGCAAAGCUGGAUGUCAUUCACAGCAAAAAUUACCUUGACAUUAACAAAGAAACGGGAGAGCUCAUCAUCCGAGAGAAGAUUGACAGGGAAAGCAUCUGCAUGACUAAAACAGGUUCGUGCUUUCUAAAAAUGGAUGUCAUAUUAGAAAAUCCCAUUCGUAUUUUUAACAUUGAGCUGGAAAUCAUGGACAUUAAUGACAACGCGCCCGUGUUCCGGAGGAAGACCAUUUAUUUGGACGUUUCCGAGGCAACCCCUCCGGGUGAGAGGUUCUCAUUAACAAACGCUGUAGAUGCAGAUGUCGGCGCCAAUACGAUCAAGACGUACUACCUAAGCGAGAGUAAAUAUUUUAGCAUUGACAUUCAAACUGGCAGCGAUGGCUCAAAAUACGUGGACUUGGUUCUUAACGGCAAUUUGGACCGGGAGACAGAUGCGAUCCAUAAUCUGAUUUUAACUGCUGUGGACGGCGGGGUACCUCCUAGAUCCGGCACCGCCAGCAUUAUCAUCAAUGUCCUCGACAUCAAUGACAACGCCCCCCUGUUCAGUCAACCCGUCUUUGAAGUCACCGUUCCAGAGAAUUCAGGUGCAGGGACUGUUGUCAUGACCUUAAAUGCAACAGAUUUGGAUGAAGGCACAAAUGCACAGUUAUUAUAUUCUUAUACGCUUUACACUUCCGAGAAGACGCAGGAGCUCUUCACGCUCGACAGAAAUUCAGGCGAGAUCAAAGUUAAGGGGGCUAUUGAUUUUGAGGAGAAUCAAAAUUUCGAGAUGCACAUCCAGGCUCAGGACGAAGGCACGACGCCAUUGUUAGGACACUGCAAAGUAAUGGUGUCUGUCACGGAUUUGAAUGACAACUACCCUGAGCUGACCAUCAAAUCUCUGAAAAGUGCAGUUGCCGAAAAUACCGCCGUGGGGACGCUGAUUGCUGUGGUCAGCGUUGGUGACAGGGACUCUGGAGUCAACGGGGAAGUGGAGCUGAAUUUAAGUCAGCAGGAAAACCUACCCUUCAUCCUCAAUCAAUCCUCAGAGGGUUACUUGAAGCUUUUGGUUUCAAAGCCGCUGGACAGAGAGGUGAAGAGCAAAUAUGAAAUAACACUGAAUGUGGCAGACAAAGGGACGCCGCCGUUGACUGAAAGCGAGACCUUCACUUUAGAGAUUCAUGAUAUCAAUGACAAUGCUCCCACUUUCCCUCAGUCCUUUUACACCAUUCAUGUUAUGGAGAAUAAUCUGCCGGGAGCGUUACUGACAUCUCUUAGUGCGUUUGACCCAGAUUUGAAUGAGAACCAAUACUUAGUCUAUUUCAUCAUGGAGAAAGAUAUCGCAAACACGUCCAUGUCGAUGCUUUUUUCCAUCAAUCCGGAAAAUGGUGACCUAUACGCCUUGAAGACCUUUGAUUUUGAGCGAGAGAGGGAGUACCUUUUCCAUAUUGAGGCAAGGGAUUCCGGUGUCCCCCCGCUGAGUAGCAACGUUACGGUUCAUAUUAUCAUUAUGGACCAAAAUGACAACACCCCUGUCAUAGUAUCACCGUGGCGGGCCCAAGGUUCCGUCAUAGAGCAGGUGAUCCCACGGUCUACAGAUAAAGGCCAUUUAGUGGCCAAAGUGAUUGCCAUCGAUGCGGACUCUGAGCAGAACGGCAGGGUCACAUAUCAACUCCUGCAAAUCAGCGACACCAGCCUCUUCAGCCUCGAUCAAUACAACGGCGAGAUCCGGACGACCAGAAUGUUCAGCUACAGGGACCCUCGCCAUCAACGUCUCGUCAUAGUCGCAAAAGACAACGGUAACCCGGCUCUCUCCACCACCGUCACCAUUAAGAUAUCCACCGUGGAGCACUCCAUGGCAUUUUCCGAAACCACAGAGUUGCCGCUAGAGUACGAUGUCUUCACAGACCUGAACUUGUAUUUAGUCAUUGGUUUAGGGGCUGUUUCCUUCCUGCUGCUUAUUACCAUUUUGGUAAUCAUUGUGCUAAAGUGUCAAAAACCCAAGCCGAAGGCCAUAAAGAUUCCCCCGCCCAAUCGGAACAGCGUGAUCAGCAGGAAUAGCGUGAUCAGCCAGAGGAGUUCCACUAUCGCAGACUCCACCUUGAUCUCCAGCGAUGCCUACUGGUACAGUCUGUUUCUCGCAGAGACCAGGAAAGGCAAAGUGGUUGUGAGACAGCCCAUAAUACCCAAAGGAGCCGGCUACUUUGUCUCCAGUAUACCCAGGAGCAUAGGGCCGAGUGAGACCACUGAGUCCAGAGCAUCCACACUAGAGUACUCAAAAUGAAACGAAGUCCAUUCUACAUGUGGAGCAGGCAACCAGAGGAGAACUGCCGUGAUCUAAUCAUCUCUUCUUGGCAGUCAUUGACUCAUAAGCAGAUGUAAAACUUUCCUUCAGUCCCUGCAAGAUGACUCUUCUAUCCUUCAGUCCUCCAAAUAGUGUCAUUAACUAGAUAGGUAGAUAGAUACUGUAAACUUUAUUAAUCUAUUUAGGAAAGUAAAGAAACAACCGAUUCAUUCAGAUUCAUUCAGACCUUCUAUUUUCAGCAUGAAUCUGCAUGGUUCUAAAAUUUGUCCAAUUUGAACAGUUGAAAAAUUUUAUUCCUCUAAACAUAAAUCUAGUCGUUUUCCUUUCAGUGCAACUCAAAAUGUUCUAUUGCUCUUCUCUCUCUAGUGUCAGAAAGAAUACAGUAGUGGCGUGUACAAAACACGCUUAACCCUUUAUAGGGCACUCGUUUAACUCAUUGGCUGCCAUUGACGGCGCUAGACGUCCAAUCCGUUUUGACUGGGAAGGGCAAAUGAGGGUUGAUUCGCCCCUCCUGGUCAAAAUGGAGUGCGCUGUCAAUGGCAGCCAAUAAGUUCACCAAUUUUAUAUUAUUUAUUGUUGUUGAUUUGACUCAAGAAAAUGUGUUAAAAGCUUGGUUCUAAAGUUGUUGUUUUUUUAAUCCUAUUAAUCUAUUGCUAGGAUAUUGCGAUUAAUUAUGAGUACCGUAAAUUGCGGACUAUAAGGCACAACUCACGAUAACCCGUCACCCACCAAAUUUGACUCGAAAACGACAUUUGUGCAUAGAUAAGUCGCACUGGACUAUAAGCCGCAGUUGUCCUCAUUGUAUUAUGGGAUAUUUACACCAAAAGAUAUUAGCAGUAACACAUUAUAUGACAGCGGCAUCAUACGACUGUCAUGAGACCAAAUGAACCACCAUGAAGCUUUGAACCAAUUGGCUGCAAAGCUACAUUGCUUCAAAAAGCUUAAUUUGGACAUCACUUGCCACGUUUACAUGGAGCCAAAUAUUCCAAUUACAAUCGGAAUAUUUGUUCAAACCGAAUAAAUGUGUUCCAUAUAAACACCUCAUUCGGCACGAACAGGCCCAAACCAAAUGGAAUUUCAUUCUGAUUCACAGGGGUGGAAUAUUCCUUUUCCCAAACCGAUUAGAAGUAAAAUUAUAUCAUGUAAACAGGGAAGCGGAAUGGUGUCUGGUUGCGUUCUUUCUGCGCAUGCUCCGUACUGACGUGGUGACGUCACUUGGUGACGUAAGUAACGUCACUUGCAACAUGGCUUCCAAGCACACGCACAGCGCACCCACACAACUUUUUAAAUGAACGGCGUAUCAUUCUGAAGUUUUGUUUCCACUCGAAAAGUUAAAACAGCAGCUGAUCUAUCGAUCGAUCUCCAUGUUUUGCAACGUGACGCUUUGUUUUGAUUAAUCUGCGCAUGUCAGAUGGCAGUUGUCAAACGUCCUUUCGGAAUAAAGGCAGUUACAUGUAAACGCUGGAUCGGAAUAGAUGAAGUGACAUGUAAACAGCUGAUGUGAAAUUUCGAUUCGGAAUGAUUUGAAUCGGUAUGAAUAAAAGUCAGCAUGUAAACGUGGCUACUGAUCCCUUGGGAGAGACAGUAAACCUCUGCUGCCACCUGGUUUCAACACUGUUGUUGUCCAACAUGCCUCCUAGCAUGCAUUGCAGCGCUAAAGAUGUAACUAACAAUCAAAAUUCAUGUUCUGUGCUAAUUAUUUCUUCAGUUACUGUUCCAGUCGUUUCAUUAAUUGCUAGUUAUGGUAUUUGAUAACACUUUAUUUGACAGUCAUUAGACAAUCAUAAUUAUGAAAUGACACUGUUAUGAGCAUUAAUGAAUGCUUAUAACACAUGUCUAUUAGUGUUAUCCGGAAUAUUAUCUCACUUUUGGAAAGAUGUAAAAGAUCCGAGUCGAACAUAAAUGGAGUUAGUGACAUAAUUUGCCGGAUGACACUUAUUGUCAUCUGUUAUAAGCAUUCAGUAAUGCCCAUGAUAGUGUCAUGUCAUGACAGUCUUAUGACGCCGCUGUCAAAUAAAGUGUUACCAAUUAACCCAAAUAAAUUAACAAAUAAACCGCACUGGAUUAUAAAACGCAGGAUUAAAAAUGAGGGGAAAAAGUAGCGGUUUAUAGUCCGAAAUUUACGGUAAUUGCAUAAGCAGUCAAUGCGUUAAUCCUUUUAGUCUAAUUUUUUGUGUUGAUUUGCCUCAUUUCAAUCUCUUACAAUAUUUGGUUUCAGGUUAAAAAGAUAAAUAGACAAAUAAAAAUAAAAAACAUAAAAUCAUAGUAAUGUAUUGCUAAAUCUAUUGUGGUUUAUUAAUUAAUUGCAAAGUUAGCAAUUAAAGGGUCUGUCAAGUUAAAUACAACCAAAUGAGUUUAAAGAAAAAUAACUUCUUUAUUGGAGGCCAAAACAGAAUGUAUUUCAGUUUGUAUUCUGUUUAUUUAUUUAUUCAUUUAUUUAUUACCAGAAAAUAGUUACUUGUCCUAUAAAUGGUUCAUCAAUAAGAGUCAAGGUGAAUAUGAUUCUUCCAGUGGACUGAUAAUACAGAAUCGAAUCGGGUAUCUCAUUCAUUCACCUAAAUGCUAUGUGGUUUCCUUUUUAAAAUGACAUGUUGACUGUUUUAUAUGUGGAGCUUUUGCCGAAUAAGGAUCAUUCUCAUUAAUUGACGUUCUUUCAUGUUCUACUUAAAAAGAAAAGAAAAAAAGAAAGACUACAGGAUGGAAAAGGUAUUACAGUAUUGGGGUUUUUGUGAAAGCUUUGAGUGUUAGAUGGAAAUUUGUUUUAUUUAUGUUUUAGUAUUAUUCUGUAUUUUGGCGACAGAUUACAUGCCAUAAUAUUCAUUUGUUUUAGAAAUACUUUGAAUGUGAGGGGGGAUAGAAAAUAAGAAGCCCUCAAACGUAACAUUACAUUUCAGGAAAUAUGACAUGAGAAAAAUGAGGUGAAAACUGGAUUGUAUAUUCAACCAUAUUGAACCAUAGCACUGCUUAAAAAUGGCUGUUCAUUUUUUUUCUGCCAAUAAUAUAAACUGACAAAACUGGCAAUAAAAAUACAAUCUAAAAACAUACUAACUCAUUCACUGCCAUUUCAACUUGGAUGGCUGACAUUCAAUGGUCAUGUGUCAGCGCCAUUGACGUUGACAGACGUCCGUUCUGCCCGGGAGGCAAGAAUCAUUCACCCCUACCAAGUCAGAGUGGACUGAACGUCUAUCACCGUCAAUGGCAUCCACUGAGUUAAAAUCCAUCAGAAAAAAUAUAUUGAUAUAUAAAAUUUCAAAAAUGAAUCUAUCAAUUCAUGUAAAGUACUGAAAUUUAUUCAUUUCGUAAUUGGACUUAAAUCCAUGCAAGGUUUAUUCUUUUUUGUUUCAUUGAUCAUUCGUGUCUUAACUUUUAAUGCUGCUUCUGUGGGGGUUUUCAAGGGCAUUUUGUGUUGCAUAUAUGUGUAGCUUAGUGGAUUUGAUGUUUUGGUAUUCUGUAGUUUUAAAGAUGCUGUCCUUUUGAGUCCGACUUAGCGCCUUUGCACUCCGGCAAGGCACAUGACUUUAAUUUCUCACUAACAAGGGGCUUGUAAAGCAACUUACUGUAUUUUGGUGCUUGUUGAUAAAUAUCCACCAUAAGAGGAAGAGAAUGUGGUUCAAACUGCAGUGCUCAAGUGCACUGCUGAACAAAACAGUAUUGCAAGGUUUUAAAAUAUGCACAUUACAUGAAGCAAAUUAAAUCAAAAAAUUGAAUGAAGAAGAUUAUAUUUCCAGAACUCAGCAAAGCCUGAUGUUUGUUAUUUUUGCAUAUGUUACAUUAGACAACUAGAGAUCUAUUGCAGUGAUACAGUACGUGCAAUCAAAAUUUUAAAGCAGUCAUUUCUGAAAGUGUCUACAGUAAUUGCACUUCUGAUUAAGUGUGCCUUUAGUAUUCUUGUGUAAAAAAAAAAAAGGUACUGUGUAUAACUAUUGAUGACUUCAAGAAUUAUGAGCAGUAUCAGCAAGAUCUCACAAGAUUUUGGAAAAAUAUCUUGCAAAAAGUUUGAAAAUGCCUCUUUAAGCUAGUGUCACUGUGCAUCAUAAGCACAUGAAAAAAUGCUGUGAUUUAAACACAAAAAAACAAAAUAUAAUUUGCCAAAGAAAAGUUUUAGAAUAUUUAUCUUUUGAUCCAACUAAAUCCAUUGCAAAAUUACGGUUCCGAUAAAUAAACACACACAAUAUGUUGCUUACACAGUGUAGACAUUUACAAGUCAGUCUUUUGUUUUUUCAGAACCACUAGAUGCAUUAACUGUAAAUUGAAACACUUUAUACACGUGUGUUUUUUCUUAAAUAAAGUAGUCUUUUUGAUAUCUUCUGAAAGUUCAUGGUAUUGUCAUGACUUCUCAUUUGUGAAUUUUGGAUUUCAUCACCAGUCCAAAUGUACAGUAUACUUGAGAGUUCCAUCAAAUGUGCUAAAUUUCCAUCCGGACCACGCGGAAGAGUGUGGUCUUGCUUUCUUUUCAAGUCCAAUUAACUCUUUCAAUGCCAUUGACAAUGAUAGACGUCCAAUUAUAUGUCCCCUAAAAAGUAAAUUAGAAAUUUGUACGAAUUUAUCAUUAGUAGACGUCUAGUGGACGUCUAGUGUUGUCAAUGCCAGCCAAUGAGUUAAUUUUCAGGGUUUGAUGUUGCUUAUUUGGCUUUAAUGUUCUGCUUGAUCAUGAUCAUUUGAAUAAAGUUUUUUAAAUCCG